CAAGUUCCGUGGGGCAAUCCUCCCAAUCUGCGAGCCAAACGAGUGAGGAGGUCCAAAAUGAGUCUUCGGCUCGCCAUUCACAGACAGCUACCUGCAUCACCUGCAGCACUUACGGUGGUGCUCCUACACACGACGUCCAAUCUUGGACUGACUCCAUCAUGCAGGAGACUGAGCAGGGUGCCCGCCUGGAAGUCAUCGACACUGAGGUGAAACUGGUGAGUGUGUGGGACAUCGUGAAACGAGCCUUUUGGGACUUUGGCCACCUCGAUUGGUUCAGUGUGUCGUUGGAUGAACUCAAAACAAUCGUUUCUUCGUCCUUAAACCUCAUCCUGGACACGGCCACGCACAGAUGCUACACCAAAUGUGAAUGGAUGGAAGACGCACCGCAUGGAAAGGGUGAUUUGUACGACUUGCUUCAAAAGUCUGGAUGGGUCUUGAUGGUCAGAAAGACCCAACCCGAGGUCGUUCCGCCAGAGCAGUGCUUAGUAUUUGUGAACUAUGAUUACAAAUGCAUCCAGAAUUUCGCAGAAUACGUCAAAGUGGAAUUCAAAUCGAUGUUUGGGGACAGCUGCUUUUGCCCCUCAUGCGAAGGGCAGUUUCUGCCACACGAGCUCAGAGACCACCAGGCUUACUGCAGCGCAAAUCAAACUUUUGCCGAGAUUUUCUCUCCGCAGGAAAUGGAACUGUUCUGGUCUUACGAGCUACGCAUGGAGGAGACGCUGCUCGGCCCGCUUCAGCUGGGUUUUUGCCUCAUCACUCACAUUACCUGUGAACUCUGUGGCGGGACCUAUCCAGCGUGCGACAGAACGUUCCAUGCUGACACAUGCACAAGGACGAACUGGAAAGAUGGUGAAACACCGAAGGAGUCUAUCAGCAUCAGCCCAGCAGCAGCAGGCUGCACAGUGGACAACUACAUCACCCUGGGUGGCGGAUUGAAACCACAAGUCUUCAUUCCGAUCACUCGCAAACUUCCUUCACACUAUGCCGAGAAAUUGAAAGAGGGCUAUGUCAUGCGCCGCUGUGCCGAUACUUCAAAACCAGCGUUGCUGCCGUCGGUCAAUAGCACGGAUGUCGACGGCACAGAUGGCACAGCAAGCAAGUUGCAAGUGGAAAUCUACUUGGCCUUGGAAAAACUCGAAGAGGACAUGCGGCCUAUUUGUCAUGAGCUUCGUAGGCACCUCGAAGUCUCCGAACUUAAGCAGUUCAGGGAAUUGGAGAAGAAGCUGAAAGGCAGAAGCGGAUCUUGGAGACCACGUUUGGGAGAGAAGGCGAAGGACGUGGAAGCUCUGGAGGAUUCGUUGGAAGACGCCCGCUAUGAAUUGAUCUCUCUGUCAAAAACUGCGUCGACCAAACAUUGCUUCGACUGCAUUCAGGACAUCGAUCGAGCCUUCAAUGUUUGCAUUGAGAAGUUCCAUUGGGCGAAAAAACAGUUCAAUGUGCAGAGCACCGCUUCUUGCCAAUGGUUUCUGGGGCGUUGGUGGAAGUCUACGGUUGACCCAAAGUCAACGUGGAAGAAUCAGGCGUGGGGUCUAUGCCGAGCAGUUCCUGUUUCUGAGCCAUGCCUGGACCGCGUUCCAGAACCAUUGAAAAACAAAGACAUUGAUUUAUCAGGAGCUUCAUCAGGAGCUUCAGAUUCUCAACUGCGAGACUUUCUCUCGCCCAAGCUAGAGCUUGUCCUUCAAGCGAAGUCCAUCACAGGCCUUUUGUGCCAAGAAAUCCUCAAUCUGAAGAAAGUUGGAGAAACUGAUGCAACGGUCGACACAUCCCGAUUCGAUCAGUACUGGAAAAGCUUUUGCUCGGCCAAGAAAGAGCCCCACGCUGCAGCUCAAAGCUUAGGCCAAGGCCAUGUGCAGUGGAGGAACAAAGAUGCUUUGGAGAUGGCUUGUGAGAUGGCCGCAUUGGGCAAGCCGCAUUGUGGAAGCAGAGCUUGCUAUGUCCUUUGUGAAUUCCUCAAAUUCUGCAAGGAGCACCUCCUGACAGCAGAGACAUUGCAGAAAUGGGCUGCAAGGAUUGUUACCUGCGGCGAGUGGGAGUCGGUCGCCGAGCUCUUGAAGCUUUUGCCGAGUUUGACGUAUUUGGAGUUUUGGGGCAGGUGUGUUGUUCAGCCAGAAGAGGAAGAGGAAGUCUGGAAGGCAGUCUGUCUACACCCAGAAAUUCCGAAGCUAGACUCAAUUUGAGCCUGCAGUCUGUUGAAGAGCUGGAUGAUAGGGAAGCAUCGGAUUUCUUUGAAUUUGUGGCUGCCUGCAGCUGCCUGCUUCAUUUUUUUGUUGUUUGAUAUGGCAGAAGGACUGCUGGACAAAGAUGGUCUGGUUGCUUACUCACAGAGAAACCCGUGCAUGUAGGAUCAUGUAGGUUCCUUGUCGCCUGGGUGUUG